UUUCGCACGACCAAGUUGGUAAGGAGAGUGAUGACGACAAGGAUAGAUAUAAAUACCCACAAUCAGUACAACAGCCCCGGAGUUACUCGUGGAGAUCUCAAAACUGACGCUAUAGAGCAGCUCACGAGUUGGUUUGAACACGCAGUCAAGAACGGUGUACCAGAACCAGAAGCUGUAAAUCUAUCGACUGUCGAUAGCAAUGGAUUACCGGAUUCACGUGUCGUCUUAUCAAAAAGUAUAAAUAGACUGGGAGUGUCAUUUUAUACAAACUACAAUUCUUCAAAGGGUAGAGAGAUAUCUGCUAAUCCCUUUGGCGCUCUCACUUAUCACUGGCGUUACCCACACAGUCAGAACAACGACGGCGAAACACAACGACAAGUUAGACUCAGGGGUAGGAUCGUAAAGUCACCUUUAUUAGAGUCACGGGAGUACUUCCACAGCAGGAGUGAAGAAUCUAGAUUGGGUGCAUAUGCUAGUAAGCAAAGCAGCAUACUCAAACCCCACAGCGAGAAUGACGAUGGAAGAGAUACCCUUCAGUCUAGAUUGAAAGAUGCAAGGGAAAAGUACAAAGGGGAUGAUAUCCCAUUGCCAGAAUUCUGGGGCGGGUAUAUUUUAGUUCCAUUUCAGAUUGAGUUUUGGUCGGGUAGACCAAGUAGGCUACACGACAGAUUCCUGUAUAGUCGUCCGCUCGAACAAUUGCAGCUACAGCUUCCAAAAGACGCGAUAACUCCAAUUGAGGAUGUUGAUAGGAUGGCUGAUGAGCUAGUCAACCAUACUUGGUCAAUUGAUAGACUCUCUCCAUAGAAAUAAACUGUAAAAGCUUACAAUGCUAGCUUUUUAGCUAUAACACCUAUCAAGAAACCGACAACUAUUGUACCACCAAUGAACUGAUAGAGAGGCAGCCAAGUGAGACUGAUUGCUUCCUGUGAUAAGAUGUUUGGCAUGUGUAGUAAUGAAAAAGGGAAGGUUAAUGGUGAAAGCACUACUAAAAUGAGAUCAUAUAAUCUAAUAAUGAGCGAUAUCGUUGUCUUAAAGAGAAUGCUAAUAAACUGAGGUAUCCUAAGUGCAUUUAUAAUCCUAGCAAAUAGGAUAUAAGAGAACAUGACUAUCCCCACUGCAUCUUCUUCGCUGGUAUCUGCUUGAUCGCUACUGCUAUCACUAUCGCCCGGCAGUGUCUCUAUUAGAACACCGACCAUGCAGGUUAUGAGAACAAUUUUAACAGUAGUGCGCGUAAAUGACAUCUUGAUUGUAGACUAUC